AUGUCAGACUUGACCGACAACCGUAACAUGGGUCUGGAGAGGCUUAGUGCACAAAUCAAGCACUUGAACAAUUUUCCACAACGCAAAAAAAAGUAUAUGAAAAUUCUUGAGCAGUGCCUGAACAAUGACAUCAUAGAGGAAAGUGAAGAAGCAGUGCCAGACUUGGCUGGAACAUACUACAUGCCACAUUCAGGUGGGUGGAAUGGACACAAACAUACUCCGCUCAGGGUCGUCUUCGAUGCCUCUUCACGACAAAGAGGUCGUUUGCCACUGAACGACGUGCUUUAUGCCAGAGCCUCCUUAGUGAGUAGAAACCAGGACAUCCUAGCCGCAAGUCGAGAAAUGCCCAUAGUUCUCAUUGCGGGCGUACAAAUCGCCUUCACCCUAACUCGUAUUCAAGGAGAAUAUCGCGAUUUAUGCAGACUCCUCUGGCUUCGAGUCCGGAUCAACCACGCUUCAAAUUAG